AUCCCUUAUCUCAGGUAAGUACAUAUGAAGAAACUCACUUCCUGUGUAGUUGGAUGGCGACAAGGCAUUUCGGAUGAGUCUGAGACCUUGUGUUUUGCAGAGACCUCAAAGGGAUUUCAUAGACUUGGUCAAGCUGUUCCCACCACCACACCCUGACACCAGCCCCAGUCCUACACACCCAGAAGAAAUGCAGCUCCUUAGAGAAAAGCCAAGUCCUCCUUCCCCGGACAGGCCCGAGUGGUGCUGCUGUGGACUCUGCCGCCCAUCCCAGCUCCCAGAAAGUAGCAAGUACCUGGAAGAGCUCUGCUGUCGCAAGGAGGGGGGUCCCUGCAUCACCACCUCAGCCCUGUUUGGGGAGCUGGUCCUCUCCAGGGCCGCACUGCGCUUCAUCUUGCUCUACCAAGAGCCCCUGCUGGAGAUGGAUGCUGCCACCCUGAACAACAGGCUCCGGCGCUGUGCCUACGAGCGCUACAUCGACUGGCGCUUUGGCUCUGAGAUCAUGGACAACCUUGCCAUCUUGCCCAGCUGCUGCCGGUGGAAGAUCCGGGAGCACUUUCCCAAGCAAGAUGGAAUGUACACUGGCUUCAGGAGUUCUAAAAGACAUAUCUGGAAAGGCAGAGCUAGCGUUCGUUCUUCUGAUGAUUCACCCGUCUAAAGGUCUACGUAAAGAUCUGACAACAAGCUUUCUCCACGUGAAACUCUCUCUCUCCC